CUGGUCAUCCUCGGACAGCGUGAAGACCGAGGGCCUUGAAUCGAACAUAAAUGCAAAGCUUUAUCUUACAAUAAGAGUCAAUAGCCAAAUCACUUUUAUUUGUAAUCAGUUAACCAAGCUAACUUUGAAUAUUCAGCUGUAUUACAAUUUUCAUCUUGGCCACAAGCCAUCGCUCCUCAAAAUAUCCUGCACUAUUUGGGCGUGAAAUAACGACUCACCAUCACCCCCCAAACUCUCAAUUCUUCCAACCAUGAAGCUCCAUCUCCUCUUCCUCAGCUGGCUAGGGCUCGUUUGUGGAAUCCUCCAGGACGAGCUUCAACAGUCCUGGGCGCACCAGCACUACGGACAGCUUGUCCAGGUACAACGGAUGACGAACGAAUCCGCCGCAGCGCUCACAGCCAACAACGAACUCGUGAUGCUCGACUUGGCCGCCACCGCCAGUUCGAGACCCACGUGGAUCCACCAAUUGCCUGUCGAUGGAGAAACUAACUUGUUUGUGCGCGGGAACGAUAUCGUGGUAGUGCUCAACCGCGCCGCGCGGGCCACAGUCCAGGUGUAUGAUCGCGCGGGCUUCUUAGUGCGCGAAGCGAGUUACGGAGAAAAGAUUAUUGCAGCCAACGAGGUUGCGGUUUUGCUUUCCGGCGGUGACGUGCACUUGCUUGCAGCGAGCAGGGUUCUUGCGCGGGCAAACAUCGGUAGGGUCACAGCCGCCCAGAUGACUACCGAUCGCAAGCGCCUCCUCAUCUUCUAUCCCUCUGAGGGCGAAACCGUUGUUGCUGCUAUCGACUCUGCUGUUACCCAUGUCACUUUGCCAUUGGACUAUACCUCCAUUGUCUCCGUCCAGGGAACACUCGUGCAAACCACGGACUCUGUGAUGCGUGUCGACUUGACCCACAGAACGGUCACUCCCGUUUCCACCAACCAGACUGCUUUUCUCGGACAAACCAUUUUUCUCGGCCAGCUUGUGGGGAGCUAUUCUGGCUCUACGUUGCAAAUCCACACCAAGGCAUCCAUCGAGGUUCCCGAGUCCAUCGCUUUUGUCAACUACGUUGCCCAGGAAAAGACCAUUGCCAUCUACGCGCCAAACAGUUUGACGGUUGUGGAUAUUGAUGACGAGUUUUCCACCCGAGAAAUCCCGCUUGCUCUCGCUUCACCGACCCGGAUCUACUCCUACACCACCGAAAUCGACGGCAAACACAUUGUCUCUUCGUUAGUACAAUCCGAACUGGCAUUGACUUACUACAUCGACAAUUUCGCAGUCUGGACGGUGGAUACCGCUUUGAGCAACGUUGUAGGGCAUGCCAUCGUGGUCAAAAAGCAAAAAACAGCCCUUUCCACCGACGAGGUGAUGCGCGAAGAGACGGCAAAUAUUUUUGUCGCCUACUUCAUGCGCUUGACCAAGAACUUGGUCACGGGACAGCGUACAAACACGACGGUGGACGACACCUACUUUGGUUUCAACCGUAAGUUAGCGUUGCUCACGCGUGUAGGGAAGGUUUUUGCCUACAACACCGAGCUGGGUGAGCUCCUCUGGACCCACCAGGUGCAAUUGGCCCUGGAUGAACAGGUUGUACAGAUUACGGAUUACCAGAACGAUUUCUACAUUCUCACAACUGCAAAGUACCUCCAGUUAAGCUGCUGUGGCGAGGUCUUGGCUCAAGUGGGCGCUGCCGCCUCCGGGUUUGUGGAAACCUCCGCCGGGUUGUACUUAGAGAACGGUGCUGAGAUGACAAAGGUUCACGACGACACCGACGCCUCCAGCUAUGUCGUCCGCCACUCGCGGGAUAAAUUAUCUGGUUACCACGUUUCUGGGUCUGUUUCCGCUGCCACAUGGGAAUUCGCUGUCAAGGACACGGAGCAGAUUGUGGCUGUUUCGUCCAGACCGGCACUUGACACCACUGCCUCGAUCGGGGUGGUGCUCGGUGACCGCUCUGUGCUCUACAAGUACCUUCGUCCUAUUGUGGCCGCAGCGGUGGCGUCUGAUUCGGGCGUGAAGCUCUACAUCCUUGACCCCGUGACUGGUGCGGUGCUCCACACUGCAGCCCACGAGGAGGUUAUCGACGUGUCGUCUGUGAGGCUCACGGUGGGCGAGUACUGGGUGGUAUACACGUACUACGCACUCGAGCCGACGUUGGAGCAGAAGGUUGUGGUGGUUGACUUGUUUGAGUCGUUGACCCCGAAUACGAAAAACCACGCCGCGGGUGCCGUAUCCGCACUUGACAUUACCGAGGCUGAUCUUCCAGAAGUCUCGGCCAAGUCAUUUAUUCUCUACGACCGUAUCGUCAGCGUGGAGCAGACGGUUACAAAGCACGGUAUUACCACGCGUAACGUGCUCUUUGGCUUGCAAAAUGGCCAGAUUCUUGCGGUGCCAAAGUACGUACUCAGCAGCAGACGCGUGGCGAACCGUCUGCUCACUGACUACGAGAAACAGGAGUUUAUGAACUUCCCGUACGACCCCGUGGUGCCGUCCAAGGACUGGUCUAUUGUAUCGCACGGUGUGGGAUUGGGCCCGCUUGACGGCAUUGUCAGCUAUCCGACCGAGUUGGAGUCUACCAGUAUUGUGUGUUCGUAUGGUGCGCGCCACGUGUUCUGCUCGCGUACCACGCCGUCAGGAAAGUUCGACGUCUUGUCGAGGGACUUUGACAAGCACAAGUUGGUGUUGACGAUUGUUGCGUUGGUUGUGGCAGUGUUGUUCACCAGGCCAAUGGUGCAGAGAAAGGUAUUGAAGGACUGCUGGAACGAGAAGCGAUAGGUGAAUGAGUGGUCAAAGAACGAUACUACUUGCCGUUAUAAUCUUAGAUACUCAUCAAAAGUUGCGAUUUUUAACAAGGUUAUGUAACGGGUCUGCGUCU